CGGGUCCAACAGUCAACCGCCACAUGACAGCCAACUAACAACAAGGGGAACAGGCACCACAUGGCGGCCAUUGAUUGCGCAGCUCCGUUGAGGCUGCACGUCACGCCGUCGCCACAGUUUGCGCCGACCAGCCUGGACAGCAGCUCUAGCGUAACGGCUGGCUGCCUGCUUGUGCCAGCUUUGCGUGACUCAGUGGAGCCUAGAGUGACGGCGUCAUCAGCAGCGGCGGUGUGCGCGCCUGAUGCGCCCGUGUAAUUUGAGCCUGGUUGGCAGCUUGGGUAUAGCAUAUGGGCAGCGACUGGUGGCAGUGUGACUUGUGGUACGCGCGCCUGUGUUGCAGUGCAUAGGGUCAACUAGCUAGCUGUGCCAGACGUGCUUCUUUGAGGGGGAGGUAAUUCCUCCUCUGCGGCCAGUGAUUGGCCUUGCCUGUUCCCCUUGUUGUUAGUUGGCUGUCAUGAGGCGGUUGACUGUUGGACCCGGUUCGGUCCGAGGGGGAGUGUUGGUUAUUUGGGGUUUGCGGGCGUGAGUCCCGCAAGGUUGCGUCCCGAACCGCGUGAUAGGCGAGGUCAGUGCGGCAGUUGACGGCUCGUGGCCGGUCACGUCUGUCAGCCAGUCCCAGGCCGCAGGCGUGGCGCCCGGGGGGUAUUGCCCCGGCUAGAGCGCACGUUUUGCUAACUACACACGCAGGAUGUAGCGGACCAGACCCCCCAAUACGGUGCCAGGCAGCAUAGCUGCGCUCGUGUGUAACGCACCCGCCGU